AUCCAGUUCAGUUUGUUGUUGAAUAGGUUAAAGAACUAAAGAAAGACAUAUUGGAAAACCAAGUUAAUGGACUUGUAAGUACUUGUUUGAGUGCAAUUAUGGCAAAAGUGAAAACUUGGAAAACUAAGGCGGAUGUGUUGAAUGAUAUAGCAGAGGCUACAGGCAUGGCACCAAGGAAUCAUGAUAUAGCCGCACAGUACAUAGUUGUGGGAGAUGCACCACCACCACCAUUAUUCAUGGAAGAUGAAGAUCCCGAGAUGAACCUGAUGUUCGGAGACUCAUACAGAAGAUCGUCAGUAACAGAGAACACAGGCCCUGAUUGUGCCGGCAUCCUGCAAUUGUUAGAAAUGGUGCGGAACUCGGAACGCAAUGAUGACGACGAAGAUGCCGAUGGCAUCGGUGAUCAACUCAAUUACGAAAUUACUAUUCGUAAACCAAAGACUGAUUCAUUAUUAAAUCCCAAUGUCAAGGAAUUCGUACCGAAAGGUGCUGGGAAAAAAAAUAGUAAUGUGUUGCAUGCAAAUGGUGUUGCACAGAAUGGCAGGGCGGGAAUGACAAGCGAACAGGAACGCGACAAUGGUAGUAGCAAUAGUGUCACGGCAGAGACAGGCACACAAGCGAGCUACGAACAUAUUACGACUGCUCUCAAGAACACUAUAAGUGAGGCGGCUCACUCAGACAACCAGUCGUUCCAUUUGAAAAAACAAAAAAACGUUGCAAUCGCAACAUUGUUGCGGCUCUACGCCAACAACAACAACACCAGCUCAAAACCAGACGUUAAGCUAUGGACUCCAGAGCAAUUUGAAAAGAAAAAAGACGACAGUUCAGAUGUUAAGAUAGAAGAAAGCAACGCAACUACCGAAGUACAAGCUUCAUCUUCGAUUCAAAUCGAGCCCAUUACGAGUCCAGACAGCAGUAACAGUAUCGGCCCAGCAAGAGCCCUAGAACAGAACUCGGAGAUGAGAGAAUCAAUUGAGAAAGUCAACCAUUGGUUUAACAUGCCAGUCCAGAAAAAACAAACAAAAUCUCUUUACCUAGGUCCUAUAUCUUUUAAAAGAAAGGAUCCAGUGGUAAAGGCCAGCACAUCUCCACAACCCAGUACAACAUCCAAGUCGGACAGUCCAUCGACAACAAUUAAACUGUACAAACCGACUAAGUUUGCUGCGGACUUGGGGAAGCAGUAUCUUGAGCGCAGCCAACAGAAGCAAAGAGAUGAAGAACUAAAUGUCAACUGGGCGAACCUCGGUGAUGUUCUAGAAAAAAAGGACAUGGCUAUUAGAAAACGGUUGGAAGCGCAAAUGUCGCCUUGCACAAGCAAUGCCGACUCGUAACUCCCGCAGUGACAAUAAUUGCUAUUAAGUAAGAGCUUAGUUGAAUGGUCGGAACCACUACCUAUU